CAUAUCCUUCGAUUACUGGCGACCCACCAUAUUCUCCGCGAAGUCAGUACGAAUGUUUUUGCCAACAACCGACUUUCCUCGAUUCUCGACACAAGAAAAGCAUUUGAAAAACUGAUGCGAAAGCAAGUUCUCAGUCUUCUUGAGAUGAGGGCAUGGUUCAUUGGCCACUCCUAUAGUCCGGAGACUAAGUACAGCGAUACUAACGGUGUCUCAGCUUUCUUUGGGAUGUGCACGGGCGAUUUGUUCAAAUCUGCUGGAUUACUCACAGAAACAUACUACCUAUCUCCGCAAAAACCCAAGAAUGGACGAGAGCCGACAAGGGCACCGUUCAACCACACGUUUAGCUGCAAACGUGCUGGGUUCUUUGGCUGGCUCGAGGGUGAUGGCAUCGAAGGGAAACAAGUCAACGGGCUUGGCCGAGGCGUAGAUCACCUUCCCGGAGUG